GACUGGUGCUCUGGAUUCAGCGUAAGGCAGCUCCAUUUGUUCCCGUGACCCAGGAGCUUCCCAGCCAUCCUUUAAUUGCCCCUGGAUGUUCCGCUCCUUUGCCGGCCGGAGCCCUUGGCGGGUCCCUUCCUGUGCGGCGCUCCACGGCGGCUUCCGGGGGAGCCCCCGGUCUGUCCGUGAACGAGCCGGGACGGGUCCGACUCCCCCCUCCUGCCGCAGUCAACUUGCACCCGGCCCAGGGUGGCGGGCACCGGCGCUGAAGGCCAAGGAAUUCAGCAAUGCUGCGAUUUCCGUUUGCCCAACGGUCUGGGAUGUCCUUCCUGGAGGGAGGGGAUACUCGUACUGUUCCACGCUAAGGUGGGGCACAGUCGGUGUGAGGCCUUUCUCCCAAGGGCCCCCGCAGAGCCCCGGCUCCGGCCCACGCCUCUCGCUGCGGACCCGGCUGCUCGUCACGUUCCUCUUUGGGGGCGGUGUCGUGGCGGUGUGGCUGUACUUGCGGAGGGAGAAGGCGCAGCGGGAGAAACUGAUGCGCAUCGAGGAACUGAAGAAGGUGGCCGUCGGGCAGGGGGACUUCCGUUUGGUGGACCACACGGGGCGGCCCCGCUCCAAGGCCGACUUCAAGGGCCGCUGGGUCCUGCUCUACUUCGGCUUCACCCACUGCCCCGACAUCUGCCCGGAGACGCUGGAGAGGAUGAGCCGGGCGGUGGAGCUGCUGGACCGGGAACCGCGGCUCCCCCAGGUCCAGCCCCUCUUUGUUACGGUGGACCCCGAGCGGGACGACGUGGCGGCCGUGGCCAAGUAUGUCCGGGAGUUCCACCCGCGCCUCCUGGGGCUGACCGGCAGCCCGGAGGAGGUGCGCGAGGCCGGGCGGGCCUACCGGGUCUACUACAGUGCCGGGCCCAAAGACGAAGACGACGACUACAUCGUGGACCACACGGUGAUCAUCUACCUGCUGGGCCCGGAUGGGCUCUUCCUGGAUUUUUACAAUCGCAGCAAGACCGAAGAGCAGAUUGCGCAAAGUGUCAAGGGCCACAUGGAUACCUACAAGAGCCUCUUGAGCUGAGGCGGCGUGCUCUCCAAGCAGGCGGGGUCCGGGGACCAGACAGGCAGCCCCUGGG